CCAAUGUCCACUCCAUGAAUUCAUAAUGCACUUUACACAUUUCCGCCACUCCUCACCUCACUCACAAUCAGUGCCCUAACCGCCAUCUUCUCUCUUACCCACAACGACGACAAAUUAGUGCAAUUCAAGCUGAGGGAUUGAAUUGAACAUGGCGAGUUCUGUAGAUGCUGCAGGAAACCCGAUCCCAACAUCAGCGGUGUUAAUGGCAUCGUCGAAGCACAUUGGGAUAAGGUGCCACUCAGAGAACUUGGAGUUUCUCAAAUGCAAGAAGAAGGAUCAAAACCCUGAAAAGUGUCUCGAUAAAGGCCGUGAAGUUACCCGUUGUGUCCUUGGCCUUCUGAAGGAUCUUCACCAAAAGUGCACAAAGGAGAUGGAUGAUUAUGUUGGUUGCAUGUACUACCACACAAAUGAAUUUGACUUGUGUCGCAAAGAGCAGCAAGCAUUUGAGCAAAAAUGUUCUUUGGAAUGAAAUUACAUAAUGCUGUUGUCAAAAAUAAUACCACAGGCAAUUUGGAGUGAGCAAAUGCACAUGUUUCAAAAAAUUCGUUGAUACUUUUUGUUUGUAUGACAGCCUUGGAAUCUUUACCAUUGACUAUGUUGAUCCUCUAAAUUUUUCUAGAGAAAAACAUCCAAGCAGGACAAAACAAUUCCUCUUCAACCAUAAUAACUGCUAAGAAAUAUUGAAGUUGGAACAUGCUUGUAAUUUGUUUAUGUUCGAAAUGCAUAUUUCUUGUGCUUUAUAAAAAAAAAUUUGAGGAUACUUGC